AUGUCCACCUCAUCGUCUGCACUGCCGUCUCUGUCUGUGUCUCCGGCUCCGGUUGCAUUGCCACUGUCCGAGGCGGCAGAGGCUGCGUCAGCGACAGCACACCCCACUCGCACUCGGUUCAUGUCCGACGCCACCAACCUGCCCAACGCGCCCGAAGUCGCCCGCUCGUCGGUCCUCUCGCCGUCGUCAUCGACGCCCGAGACGGCCGAGGUCAAGGGCUACGACUUUAACAACGGCAUCGACUACGAGGCCAUGCUCAAGGCGUACGCCACCACCGGCUUCCAGGCCACCAACCUGGCCAAGGCCAUCGACCAGGUCAACGCCAUGCUCAAGUGGCGGCUCUCGGACGAGCCUGUCGACGACGACGAGACCGAGGACUACACCGACCCCGAGGUCCGCGCCCGCACCCGCUGCAAGAUCUUCCUCGGCUACACCUCCAACCUCGUCUCCUCGGGCCUCCGCGAGACCCUCCGCUAUCUGGUCGAGCACCGCAUGGUCGACGUCGUCGUCUCCACCGCCGGCGGCAUUGAAGAGGACUUUAUCUCGUGCCUCGCGCCGUCUUACCUCGGCGACUUUGCGCUCAAGGGCAAGACGCUCCGCGACGCCGGGCUUAACCGCAUCGGCAACCUGCUGGUGCCGAACAACAACUACUGCGCCUUCCAGGACUGGAUCUUCCCCAUUCUUGACGCCAUGGUGGAGGAGCAGAAGACCCACGGCGUGGUCUGGUCGCCGUCCAAGAUGAUCCACCGCCUCGGCAAGGAGAUCAACGACGAGCGCUCCAUCUACUACUGGGCGUACAAGAACAACAUCCCGGUCUUCUCGCCAGCCCUCACCGACGGCUCCAUCGGCGACAUGAUUUACUUCCACUCGUACGAGAACCCCGGCCUUGUCCUCGACAUCGCCUCAGACAUCCGCCGCAUGAACAACCAGGCCGUGUUUGCCAAGAAGACUGGCGCGGUCAUCUUUGGCGGUGGCCUCAUCAAGCACCAUAUCCUCAACGCCAACCUCAUGCGCAACGGCCUCGACUACUGCGUCCUGGUCAACACUGCCGCAGAGUUUGACGGCUCCGACGCCGGCGCCCGCCCCGACGAGUCCAUCUCCUGGGGCAAGAUCCGCGCAAACGCCGAUCCUGUCAAGGUCUACGCCGAGGCCACCCUCGUUGUUCCGCUCCUCGUCGCAGAGACCUUUGCCAAGAACUUUGAGCCCAAGACCGAGCCCAUUCCCGAGGACGACGAGGACUUUUGAAGCGGUUCCUCUCCGCCGCCUGGGGCCUGCCAUCCUCAGGCGGGAGCGCUACUCUCCACGCCACCUGCCCGCCCGUCUCAACUCUGCCGUCUCCUUAUGGUCGCCCGUAGAUCGCUGCCA